CCUAAAUUAUGUUUACCGAUGCUCAACGGCAGAAGCAGCGCCAAGGAAGGUAUGGCACUCCGCGGCGGCAGUACUUGCAGGAUCUUGUGACGCGAUUCCAAGGAGGGAAGGGCUCCAAGGAGCAAAUCGUGGCCCAUCUAGCGAAUUUUGCGUAUGAUCCAUUCAACUAUGACUACUUUCGAGAGCUCAAUAUUGUGGAGCUUUUCUUGGAUUGCUUGACGGAACCGAACGAAAGAUUGGUUGAGUUUGCGAUCGGUGGAAUUUGCAACUGCUCCCCUGACUCUCAAAUCGCUUCGAUGAUCAUUUCUUGCGAAGGCAUUCCUUUGAUCGUUGCAUGCCUCUCAAGCCACGUAGAGAACACGGUCUUGUCUGCGAUCGUUUCUCUAUACUACCUCUGCACGCCUUCGACAGAAAAAGAGAUCUUAACUCCUCCAGUUAUCGAGACUAUGAAAGCUUACGCAGCGCUGGAAUGUGUCAAUGUACGUUUCCGAAACGCUGCGCAGGCCUUUCUUGACAGACACAUCCAAGGCAAAUCUCCAGAGCAAUAACCUUCGACGAUGCUAGUAAAAAAACGCUCAAGGCAAGCAAGCUUGGAUCUUGAUAUUUGGCAGGUUUUUUAUUUUCUUUGAUGGAAGGUGUUGCGAUCACAGUCAGCGAUCAUGAUCAUGGAUCCCAGUUUCCAGCUACCAAAGGUUGCAGUCGCUGAGAGACAAUUGACAGAGAUUUGGCAAGCUCAGCAGUAAGUCGGGGUUAAGCCAAGGAACUCUGGUGGUGAGGACAAGGCACAGGCAGUCAGGGCUGAGGCUUGCCAUGGAUCGACAGCAGAAAGGCAAGGCUUCCCUGUAGUUGCUCGCGUUUGGAACCAUCAGAGGCAAGCAAAACACAGCCACGGGAAUCAUCCUCUCGUUGGAACACGGUGCCCGAUCGCUCGCGGCCGCCACGGUGCGCUGUGAAGUUCCUUCCAAGCACGUAAACACGAGGAUUAGAAGCAGCGGCAGGACGAAGAUCCAACCCGAAGAUCUGAGCUCCAUCCCCGAAGAAGAACUAAAGUUCCAUAAGUUUUCCCUGGAAGCUGGGAUCCAUAAGUUUCCCCUGGAAGCUGGGAAACUUUUUAAAGUAAUCAAUCCCGUCGCAAGCAA